UUGUAAAAAAUGUCUUUUGUUCUUGCUGUGCUUAUAAUGAACGUCUUUCUGACCUUUCAUAGUCAACACUCCUGCAGACUGAGCGUGCUGAGCUGCUUGUCUCCCUAAUAAAAUACCGGAAACUUCCAUUAUACUUGAUUUGAUUACGAUUUGACGACGUUUUGACUCCUUUAUUCCAAUCUACGAUCUUAUUUUAACGCUCUCGUAUAUCAUUCCUGUGGAUUCGAUGAAAAACGCUUCUCUCCCUGCUGGCAUUCUCCCAGUCCAUCCUGUGAACAUCGUGCUCCCCCUCCCCCUCUCCCUGACUCCUAGUCCUACAAAACUGGGUUUUCCGUUCGGAGAUCCUGAGCACCGAACGCCUCUCAGACGCCGCCGUUCCUCUGCUUUUGCUGCGAUCAAAAACUGGACUCUUACUGUGCAACCUGGUUCCCCAGCUCCGAACUCACCUCACAAGUCCAUCAGUGUUUCACCUGGUCGUCGUAGCUCGAUCUCUAUUGCCCGUGAUUUGAUUUCUCGCAGGACGAGCAUCUCUCACAAUCGAGCACAAUCCAACUCAUCGGUGGCACAUCUUGUGGAACUUGAAACUCCCGGAAUUAACGAUUAUAAGCAGCCUCAAUUUGACCUUACUAAGUUGGGAUAUACUUCGAUAUUCGCAUCUCGAAUUCACACACCGUCGACACCUUCACCAUUCCUCUUGCGCGAUCCUUAUCCUUCAAGUUCGCAGAAACAGAAAUCGGUCCAGAAGGAAACGCCGAAGGGCUUGAAGAGAAUCAAAUCGCUGGGAAUGCUCAAAAGAAAUCGACGAAAGUCUGUCUCUGCUGCGGCAGUUGACGUUCAGGAGCUUGCUUCUCGUCCUCGCUCUCACUCUAGAUCUAAGUCCGCCUUAGUAUCUGCGCACUCGAAGAAGUCCUCCACCCACCCUCCGCUUCCACCGACUCUCGCUUCGGAGCUGCUUUUAAGGCAGUUCACCAAUGGCGGCUCGCUGGAGACGCAUGCGAAACGUGUCAUGGAGGAGCAGGCUCAACUGGCUGCACCUGCUGGGUUCCAUAAGGGAACUGCUCUUCCGGUGGGCACUAUCUACCGCGAUGAGAAUGGGGUAAUAUGGCAUGACGAAGAUGAACGGCUCGAAAGGGAGGCAUUACUUUCUCCUCGUACGCCCGAAAGCCCAGCUAGAGAGUGGAUAACAUUCAAUUCCCCCGGAAAUUCCCCUGUCCUUCCUGGUAUGGCACUCGGUGUUGGAACUUCUGAACCAGAGGAACGUCGUGGAUCGCUCGCCUCAGUGACCUCAUCGCUUUCUAUGUCUUCUAACAACAUCGUCACCCCCGCAGAUGGGUCCUCCUACCUCUUACAUAGUUUUCAACCCUCCUAUUCAGGACCACCCAGCCCUUUGAGCGGGUUUGGCUCUACGCGAGUCCCAGUAUCGCCUACCUCUACAUUAAGCACGAUCACUGGCAUGGCUGCUGCGACGGGUUCUAUGGCCCAGAACAAGCGCACUAGACGUCGUCCAGCACCUUUGAGGCUGAAUGCCCCUUCUGCUUCGAACGCUUUCGAUGAUUCGUUUAUUCCAUCUCCUCGGGCGAUGGCUUUAGCAUCUAUCGUACCACCUGGUCGACGGCGAUCGAGUACCGGUCGAAGGAGAUGCAACUAUGAAAGAGAACUUCAAAGCCGAUGAUCUUGAUUCCGCGAGUUUAACGACUAUGCGGUCGAAGAAAGUUCUAGGAAUGAAGAAGAUCUCCAAGUUGAACCUGAAAUCAAUGAAGUCUCU